AUUAUUUUGCUGGCACUCGCCUUUUACGUACAGCCGCAGUGUGACUCUGCUGUCUGCGACCUCGGUCUGAUCCACAGGCUUUUACGCACGGAUAUCGCAGUGAGCUCCCUCCAUACUUGUGCUCAUCGCUGACUUUUCUAUAGCUGCCCAAACAGGAGGACAGGACAUGUUUUGUGUGUGGAGGGGACUCGCCGGACUGUCCACAUGUUGCUGUCUGCUGAUGCUGAUUCAUCUUUGGCCUCAAGCAGAUGCGGCCUUCACAUGCAGCUCCACUCAGUUUCAGUGCGGAAAUGGGCGAUGCAUCACCCGCAAGUGGGUCUGUGAUGGGACAGACGACUGUGGCGAUGGAACUGAUGAGCUGCCUGCAAGCUGCGCGGCAAAAACCUGCCUGCAGUCAGAGUACAGCUGCGGCACUCCCAUGAACCAGUGCAUACCAGGAAGCUGGCACUGUGACGGCAAAGCUGACUGCACCAACGGCGCCGACGAGAAAAACUGCACGGCCAAACAAUGCAAGCCUGGCGAGUUUAAAUGUGCCAAUGGCCAGUGUAUAUCCAGCACCUACGUUUGCGACCAGGACAACGACUGUUCAGACGGCUCAGAUGAGGUUUCCUGCCCCAAACCCACCUGCAGCUCUCGUUCCUUCCAGUGCAACAACCUGGUGUGUGUGCCGGCCCGGUGGCGCUGCGAUGGAGACAGGGACUGUGCCGACGGGUCCGAUGAGUGGCUGGAGAACUGUGCGGGCCAGAAGCCGGUCAGGACAGCGGCGCGCUGCGGCGUCCACGAGUUCCAGUGUGCAAAUGGGGAGUGUAUCCACGGCAGCUGGAGGUGUGACGGAGGCAUGGACUGCAUGGAUCGAUCCGACGAGGUCAACUGCAGUCGUCCAACUUGUCGUCCAGAUGAGUUCCGCUGUAAUGACGGCACCUGUAUCCAUGGCAGCCGCCAGUGCGACAAAAAGCACGAUUGCAGGGAUCUGAGUGAUGAGAUUGGCUGCCACAUAGAAAAUACAUGUGAAGGCCCGACCAUGUUCAAGUGCAGCAGCGGGGAGUGCAUCAGCAUGGAGAAAGUGUGCAACAAACAGACAGACUGCGUGGAUGGGUCUGAUGAGCCUUCCAAAGAGUGUGACAACAACGAGUGUUUGACUGGAAAUGGCGGCUGCUCCCAUUACUGCAGCGAUCUGAAGGUUGGCUUCAACUGCUCCUGCCCUGCUGGAUACAGCCUGAAGAUGGACAAGAAAACCUGUGAAGACAUCAAUGAAUGUGUUGAACCGGACACUUGCAGUCAGAUCUGCAUCAACCUGCCUGGCAGCUACAAGUGUGAUUGCGAGGAGGGCUAUGAGAUCGACCCUAUGAGCAAGGCAUGCAAGGCUGAAUCAGGAACUGUACCCACCCUCUACUUCACCAAUAGACACGAGGUGAGGAAGAUGACGGUGGACCGCAGCGAGUACAUCAAUGUCAUCCCCCAGCUGAAGAAUGCGGUGGCGCUGGACAUGGACAUGCCUAACAAGACGAUCUUCUGGUCUGACCUGUUUCUGAAGAAAAUCUACAGCUCCAAGAUAGACGUGGCAGGUAACUCCUCUCAACACACUGUAGUGAUUGGCAGUGGGCUUGAAGCCCCUGAGGGCAUUGCGGUGGAUUGGAUCCAUGGCAACAUCUACUGGACUGACAGCAUUUUGAAGACCAUCUCUGUGGCAACGACAGAUGGUAGCAAGAGGAAGACCCUGAUCACAGAAAACCUGGAAAAGCCACGAGCCAUCGUAGUGGACCCCAUAAAUAACUUCAUGUACUGGACAGACUGGGGUGAGCAGGCCAAGAUAGAGAAGAGUGGGUUGAAUGGAGUGGAUCGUGUUGCCUUGGUAACAGAUAACAUCAUGUGGCCCAAUGGCAUCACGCUGGACAUGGUUAACCAUCGCCUGUACUGGGUGGACUCCAAGAUGCACACUCUGUCCAGCGUUGAUGUGAACGGAGGGACACGACACACCGUCAUUUUCAGCGAGGAGGUGCUCACCCACCCCCUCUCCCUGACUGUGUUUGAGGAGAAAGUGUUCUGGACAGACAUGAGCAACAAUGCUGUUUUUAGUGCCAACCGCCUGACAGGGAGAGACAUCACCAAGCUGGCAAUGGACCUGGAACAGCCAGAGGACAUCAUACUGUACCACAACCUCAAGCAGCCGAUCGGUACAAACUGGUGCAGAGAGAGUGUCAGUGUGAAUGGAGGUUGUGACUUUUUGUGCCUCCCUGCCCCCAUGAUCAACCAGAACUCGCCUAAAUUCACCUGUGCCUGCCCCGACAACAUGAUCAUGGCACCUGACAUGAGGAAAUGUGUGACAGCCUCAGUUGCCCCUUCUGCCGAAAACAAAACUGGUACACCUCUCCUGCCCAAAGCUCCCACCAAGCCUAGCACGCCCAGGCAGCCUGUUCCUACCACAACUGCAACCACCACCAGAGCUAUCAAAACACCCACAACUACCUCAGCUAACCAGCCCAUAGAGGGUACACAGCAGCCUGCCGCCACAGCUCAAGGUAACAGAUUGGCUGCCAUGCCUGAAGAAGCCCCCUCAUCCCAGCAUGUCGCUCUCUACAUCGUGUUGCCAUUAAUGGUCAUGGCCCUGCUGGUCUUUGGAGCAGCCCUACUAUGGAGACAAUGGCGCCUGAAGAACACCAACACCAUCCACUUUGACAACCCUGUGUACCAGAAGACCACUGAAGAUGAACUCCACAUCUGUAGGAACAGCUCUGAAGGCUACGUUUAUCCUCAGAGGCAAAUGGUGAGCAUGGAGGACAUGGAUAUUGCAUGACCCAAAGAUGAUGACGACACUAGCUUUAUUUUGUUGUAUUUGAAGUGAUUUGUAUUUUUUCUUUUUUUUUGGAAGGGGCUUUUUUUUUUCUUCUGCUGCUGUUUAACAGCCCCUACCCUCCCCCCGGUGAGCUCAUUUUGUGGCGCAUGUUUCUGACCACAGCACUGUGCCGUCCAAGUCUGACAAAAAAAAAAAGAUCUUUGAAACUAGUGUGACAAAAUAGAGCAUAACUGCAGGAAGCCGUUUAGUCAGACCACAAAAUGGUUUCAAAAUGAAGGACUAAUACACAGUUACAGAAGAUGAUGUUCUUAAUGCCAGAGCCUUUAGUCUUUUGAAGCUGUGUGAAAACUGUCUAUUUAAGCAUCUCGUUAUUUAACGUAAUGCAGAUGCUUAUUUACUUUGCCACCAACGCAUCCAGUCUAUUGAUUGCCUAAAUACACAUAACACAAGUCACAGUUCUGCAAGUUCAGCUUGACAAGCCUGACAUAUACAGUCUUAAGACUCAUUUGUGCCUUGCAUCCACACUCUGGCUAUUUAGUAAAGUUUAUUGGAUGUACACAAAUGCCUUACUGUCCUCGCUACCUUCCAAAGCAGAUUCUGUGGUACUUCAUGCCAUAGUGCUUGAGCCGGGCAGCGAUGACCUUCAUGAUUAUCUAGUGGCCUUCUCUUAUCCUGGACACAGAGUUGCACAUUUGAUGGUUCCCAUAUCAGAGGCAUUUGUCUUUACUGUCAUCCACCAUAGUCUGGAAGUCACAUUUAAAUCAGUACUGUCAUGUGGUUGUUUUUUUUUUCCUUUUGUGAUCCACCUUCAAACAAGGUCAUCUGAGUGUGGAGAGUCACAGGUGGUUUACGUUGUGAAUGGAAAAGCUGCUGAGUUCUCUGGAGUCAAACAAAGUGAAGAAAAAUAUCUUUUUUUAAAUGAAGAAAGUCAAGCAAAAAGUGAUUGUAGGUGGUUGCUUAUCGUAAGAAUGUAUAUAGUUUGUGUAAAUAUUUUGUAAAACACUCUUAAGUUCACUCUGAUGUUGCCUUUUUACAUUUGUAAAUUUUAAUCAAGAAAUAUUGUAAAUAUGUAAGAGAUUCUUUUAUUUAUUUAUGGAAAUAUAUGAGAGAAGGUUUUUGAUCGUUGUCAAGUGGCUGUAUAGACAGUAACACUAUAUGUUAACACCUACCAUGGUGAAUUGUUUUUGUUCCAGCAAAUCCAGUCUAACCAUUACAUGGUACAGCUUUUAUUUAACCUUUGGACACCUCUUCAGCUUUGUGUGUGCGAUGUCCUGUAUGAGGCGCUGCUGCAGGUUGCUGCUUUUUAUUUCCAACAGUGUGCUACAUGUUACAGAGAAAUACUGAAGAAACUCUCCUCCACCAUCAUUUGUGUCUUUUUCAGUGGUAAACCACAUAAUUUAUUUUUCUUCUGUCUUUCUGUUACUGAGACUUUCUGUCCUCUCUGUGAGAUUAAGGCGCGUACUAUAGUGUGCAAAGCUGAUGUUCUUCAUCUUUUCAUUUCUGUAUAAACAAGGACUGAAGCACGACGGCCUGCUUGUUAAUGCACAUUGUUCUGUUCAUUUUUUGGUUGUGUUGGUCUUUUUUAAAUAAAAUAAAAAUUCUUAACCUGU